UCCAUCUCUAUUGGCCAUGCACAUUACAUUACCUAAUUCAAGAUGCGCUACAAUUUGUUUUCGCGUGCCGUCAGAUUAUUGAAUCAGAAUCACAGCAAAAACGGAACAUUUCUGUUGGCACGCGGAGCGGGCAGCAAAGCGACCACCGCCAGCAGCAGCAGCAGCAGCGUCCAUGCCCAGCAACGGGCGGGUAAUGCACAGGCACCGGAGGAGGUGGCCCCGGCAGAGCAGCAGGGGCUGCCGGCACGUGAACCGCUGGUGAAGAACUUCUUUGUGGGAAUAACGGACAAGGAGCUGCUCGGCUACCCGGAGGUCAUAGCGCGCGAGGAGAUGGCGAGUUUGCAGAACGCGCUGCUGCCGCUGAAGAAUUACUUUGCGGAGGAGCAGCCGCAAUCGGUGGACAGCCUGAAACAGCUCGGCCUCUACGGGCUGAACGUGCCCACAGACUACGACGGCAAAGGUUACCGCUGGAGCGCCAGCCUGAUGGCCAGCGAGCCGGAGUCGGCACACACGAGCCUGGCGCUGGGCCUGCAGUCGCAUCGCGUUGUUGUGGACAUGCUGCGCGAGCUGGGCACGCCGGAGCAGCAGCAACGCUACCUGACGGCCCUGGGCAGUGGCCAGCUGAUAGGCACCGAUGCCAUCUUCGAGUACACGCCACCCGAGGACGACUUCUUCGGCACACAGGCCACCUACGACUCGGACGCGGGCACCUGGUCGCUCUCUGGCGAGAAGGCGUUUGUGGUUGUGGCGCCAGUCAGCGGCACCCGUCAAUUGUUUCUCGUGCUGGCGCAGACACAGCGCGUAAAUGUGCCCGGCGACGUGGGCCGUGGCUCCACCUUCUUUCUGGUCGAUUCCCAGCUGCCGGGCGUGCGGCUGGGCGAGCUGCAUGCCACCUUCGGCUGCCGCGAGGCGCCCAUGCGACGCAUCCACUUCGACAAGGUGCAGCUGGGCGAGCAGCAGAUCCUGGGCAUGUCCCAUGAGGGCAACCAGCACUCGGAGCUGCUCGUUCGCUUCGCCCGGCUGCGCAGCAGUCUCCUGGGCAUCGCAUUGUCCAAGCGGCUGCUCAACCAGCUGACAACCUUCAGCGUGGAGACAACCCAAUGCGGCGUCCAGAUCAAAGAUCUGGAGCUGACGCGCGUGAACCUGUCGCAGGGCGUGUGCUCCGUAUAUGCCAUGGAGAGCAUGCUCUAUUUGACCGCCGGCUUGCUGGACGAGUUUCACGGCCAGGAUGUGACGCUCGAGAGCGCCAUUACCAAGUACUACACACUGCAGCAGCUGUACGCGAUUUCGACACAGAAUCUGAGUCUUCUGGGACCCGGCAGCCUGCAUAGCGGGCAGCCGGCGGAGCUGGCGCUGCGGGACAGUGCACAGCUGUGCACGCAGGGCGAAUCCUUGAGCACGCUGAGCAUGUUCAUCGCGCUGACUGGCCUGCAGCACGCCGGCCAACGGAUGAAUGAGGGCGUGCGCAGGUCGCGCAAUCCGCUCUUCCAUCCCGGACACAUAUUCGGCAAGUUCCUGGGCACGGCCAGCUUGGAGAGUCCCAAGACGCGCAUGCAGCUGGCCGAGCAUGUGCAUCCCUCCCUGGAGGCGGCUGCCCAGUGCAUCGAGCAUUCGGUGGCGCGCCUUCACAUGGCCGUCGAGAUCAUGUUCACCCGGCACGGCAACGCCAUUGUGGAGCGCCAGAGUGAGCUGCAGCGGCUGGCCAACAUCUCCAGCACGAUCUAUGCGAUGUGGGCGAGCACCGCCCGCGCCUCCCGCUCCUACUGCAUAGGCCUGCCGCUGGCGGAUCACGAGCUGCUGACCGCCAACGCCAUCUGCACCCAGGGCAGCGCCGAUGUGCUGCGCCUGGCCAUGGAGAUCCUCAAUGGCAACUACGUGAACAACGACAACAACCUGAUCCGGCUGUCCGCGCAGGUGGCCAAGAGCAAAGGCUACUUCGCCGUGCAUCCCCUCACCUUUAACUUUUAAGUGUUGAUCCUCUCCGGCAUUGUUCUGGGCUGUAACAGACUUUAAACCUGAAACUAAUACCAAACUGAUGUAAUUGGAAUUAUUUUUUUAAGAUUGAGAAAGCCUUAUCCCUUAUACAAUGUAAUCUAGAUGAAAGACAUGCAGCUCUACA